AUGGUGUCCAACUGGCUUGUCGACCCGUCCACGGGCAGCUACACGGCGUCCAUCCCCUCCCCGACAGGAAUCCCCGCCGACCCGGAACUGACAGCACACGGCGUCGACCAAGCCAAGGAGCUGGGCGCCCACCUGCUGACCGUUGACCCUUCAAUCGAAGCCGUCUACUCCAGCCCCUACUACCGCUGCCUGCAAACCAUUACGCCUUUCGUAGCCCUCAAGCAGGAACGCCUCAACCGCCUCGCGGGACAGGACGUUGGCGCCAACGACGCCGAGACUGUCACCAUCCGCCCCGAGCAUGGACUCUCUGAGUGGUAUGGUGCUGCACCCUUCGAGCACCCGACCCCGGCCUCGUCCGACGUGCUGAAGUCCAUGUUUCCUCACCUCGAUACCACGUACCAGAGUGCAGUCUUUCCCGCCCGCAAAGGCGAGACCAUCGCUCAAUUGCAUGACCGUAUUGCGGCCGCAGUCCAAGCCAUCAUUGACCGAUGCGACGCCGAGGGCAAGCGCGCCGUCGUCCUGUGCUCGCACGCUGCCUCCAUCAUUGCCCUUGGACGAGUGCUUACCGGCGUCAUGCCCGACAAUGUCGAUGUGGAGGACUUCCGAGCCUUUACCUGCGGCUUGAGCGUGUACCGGAGGAGAUCACAUUCUUCCUCGGCACAGACUUCAGGAACCCAAGGGCCGGAUUCGGACACCAGCUCAUGGAGAAACGGUCGGGGAGUUGGAGGUGGGUGGGUUUGCGAGCUCAACAGCGACUGCAGCUUCUUGAGCGGAGGAGAAGAGAGGGGAUGGUAA